CAUGCCUGUUCACUUUGUUCCCCCACACAGUGCAUAUCCUCCCAACCCAAGUACAUUUUUGGCAUUUUCUCUUCUUUUCUCAUUAAGCCCCCCACAUUCACUCUCUGCUUUCAACUCUUCAAUUCUACUCCCACUUCCCUCUCUCUAAUGGAUGCAAAACCAAAACCCUCUUCAGAACCUUUGAAAUAUCAGACAUGGUUCUUGAAAGUUUCUAUCCACUGUGAAGGUUGCAGAAAGAAAGUAAAGAAAGUUUUAAAGCGCAUUGAUGGUGUUUUCACGGCAACAAUUGAUUCACAACAACAAAAAGUAACAGUAACUGGAAAUGUUGGUGUUGAGACCCUUUUAAGGAAGCUGGUCAAAGCUGGAAAGUACGCUGAGAUUUGGCCGGAGAAUCUUGACGGGAAGGGAAAAAGCUCCGGCAAAGAGAAGAAAAAGAAGAAGGAUCAGAAUGAACCAACAGAAGUACAAAGCUUGCAAAACAAGGGAACUGAAAGUGUUACCAAGUGUGAAAAUGAAGGUAAAAACAAGAACAAAAAAUCAAAAACUGACGCCGGAGAGUUGCCGGAAAAGUCACCGGCCGGCAACCAUGUUCCACCGGUGAGUGGUGGAGGUGGUUCUGAUAAUAAUAAGAAGAAGAAGAAGAAGAAAAAGAAAGAUGAAUGUGGUGGAAAUGGAAAUGGAAGUGAUGGUUUGACUACAGUAGCUAAGAGUGGACCAGCACACAGUGGAUUCCAAUUUCAGAAUCUUGGUCAGACUAUGGCCCACCAAGUGAAUCUCAGCCCUACACGUCAGCAAUCAAUCUUGUAUCCAUCAGAAACUGGUUAUUACCCUUCAAUGGUUUAUAUGUCAUCAGCUUACAAUAGAUUGUAUCCUACGGGAAGAGUUGGUGAUCCUUCUUAUUAUGUUCCAUCUUCACCCUACACGUGUCCUACUAGCUUUGUUGAUCAAUAUGGUAGUUAUCAGGUUCAAUCUGGACCGUUGGUUCCUUUUGAGUUAUUUAGUGAUGAAAAUGCAAGUGGAUGUUCCAUUAUGUGAGGAUUGUGAAGAAAGAAAAUGUUGCACUUUUGUAUUGGUUUUAUGGUCCAAGAAGACACUCCUAGGUAGUUUUGCAAUGAUAGGUUUAAGGGCUGUGUUACAAGGCAUAUACAUUGUACUCUCUUUGGUCUUGUAUGUAAGCCUUAUAAGUUAUUGUAAAGCUGAAAUGUUAUGUUUUUGCUUUGUUUUUGUUAUGGAUCUAGUAGUAAAUCAUGGACUAAAUUAUGUUAAAAGUUUUACAUAAAUAUGUCAUGAGAGAAUUUGUGUGUGUAUGUUA